AUGGCCGCAUUUGCUAAGAAAGGGCAGGCGACGAAGGAAAACCACGGUGCCAAAAUUGCAUUGAUCGAAAUUUCGAAUGCCAGCGCGACUAUAUUUGUUAUCGGACAUGUGUUGAUUCACCAUCAGUUUGUGAGCGAGGAGCCCCAAAAUGUCGGAACAAGGGAUUCGAAAAAAUCCUCGUCGAGCGAGAAAUAUGACUAUGGAGAGUCCGCACAGGAAAGAGCUGAACUGGUUCCACCAAACGAGUCCACAGAUGCUGUCCUUAGUACGCCGGUAUGGACCACUGAAAGCAACUCCCAUCCGGUCUCUCAGCCCGUUCCACCGUUUGUGAGCGAUGAGGAUGAGCUUGCUGUUGCGAGGCUUCUAGCAUCAGGAAGCAGUACGCAGGAAAGCGUUCCACCUGCACUUAUCCUGCCGGAAAUUGCGGUUUCCGCGCGUGGCAAAGGACUCGGGAGACAAGCCGUAACUCCGUGGACAGCUCCAGAGACGCCUGCGAACUUCCUCCCGGAGAACACGCCUAGCACAUCAAACCAAUCAUUAGAUAUCUCACAGUCGACCGAGGUUCUUGAACUCGUGCGAAAUUAUCGCUAUAACGUGGCACCUUGGGUUUGUAUAUUCCUGGCUUAUCAGAACUGGAAGAAGUACUCACAAAAGUUAGCUGGAUAUAUCUGA